CAAUGCACCUUGUUCUUUCCACAGUGACAAAUGAGUGAUAGGAAAAGACCUUUGGAUGGAAAUGGUGGGGGUGUUAAUAAGAAGUUCAAGAGUGAUGCGAGUACUACCGAAACCUCGUCGUCGACUGCGGCGAUGAUUGCUCAGAAACGUGCAGAAAUUGCGGCAAAGAUGGCAAAGAUGAGGAAUAGUGUGCUUAGUGGUGCUGGUGUGACUUUGCCUGGAACGACAGCGCCAACGACGACAACGACAACGACAACGACAACUACGGCGAUGGAUUCACUCCCAAAGAAACCAACUCCUUCAGAUAGUGUCACCCCCGUUCUUCCUGCAGAUCUUGCUCGCAGAGUGGCGGAAGCUAAAAGGAAGGUUGCAGAGUAUCAAACCAAGCUUGCCGUUAAAGAUAAUCCGUACAUGUCAGGAGGAGGAGGAGGAGGUAAACCUGGUAAAAUGACACAGGUUGAACCCACACAGCAGGGUUCCGGGUUGAAAAUGACUGCCCAUCCUUUGCUUUUGGAACAGACAACCGGCGUUUUGGUUCAGUCAAAAAAAGAUAGGUAUAAACCUAUUCAACCAAAGUUUGCUUCCAUAAAGGCUAAUGCAAGAAAUAUCCAAACUCCACCACCUAUCGUACAUUCUCCAUCUCCAUCCUCGAAUCCUUAUACCACUUCCACAGACAUAUCUUCCUCUGCUACUACGGCUUUCCCAGCUCCAGCUCCUCGUCCCACCCGCUCCACUUUCCGAUUCAACCCAAAGGGCAAAUACGUCGCAUUGGGUAACCAAAUUCGACAAGACCUCCAACUCGAAGCUUUGAAAAACCGUAUCGCCGAAUCUGCGAGAAAAGCUGGGAUGGAUGGUGAUAUGGGUAUAGGUGGAAUCGGUGGCGUUGAAAGAAGUAUUAAAAGACCUCCCCCGUCUGCUGCUCAAGCCGAGUGGUGGGAUAUUCCGCUUUUGCCGAACAAGACUUAUGCGGAUAUAGAGCUUUAUGGUAUCGAAGGCCUUAACGUGAGGAAUGGGGAGACUAGUCCAAUCACGAUCUAUGUUCAGCAUCCGAUCAAGAUUCCGCCUCCGGGUAGUGGAGGAGGAGGAGGAGGAGGGUUAAAACCAUUGAUGUUGACGAAGAAGGAACAGAAGAAGAUGAGAAAGUUAAGGAGAGCAGGAGAGUUGCAGGACAAAAGAGAUAGGAUUAGGAUGGGUCUGCUACCUCCUGAUCCUCCUAAAGUCCGUUUGUCGAAUCUCAUGAAAGUCCUAACAUCCGAUGCGAUUCAAGACCCUACACGUGUAGAAGCAAAAGUGAGAAGAGAAGUUGCGAUGAGGAAACAUCAACAUGAAAAGAUGAACGCCGAGAGAAAGCUUACCGAUGAACAGAGGAGAGAAAAGAUCGAGUCGAAGAAACUUGAGGAAGAGAAGAAGGGAAUAUAUGGUGCCGUGUUCAAAAUCCAAACCCUCUCCUCCCCCUCCCACAGAUUCAAAAUUCAGAAAAACGCGGUCCAGAUGGGCUUAACUGGUGUAUGUGUCGUGAAUCCGAAUUUCGGACUCGUGUAUGUGGAGGGCGCGGGAACGUUUGUGAGGAGGUAUAAGAGGUUGAUGUUGGUAAGGAUUAAGUGGACGGAGGAGGGAAGGGGAGGAGAUGUGCCAGAGGAUGCAGAGGGGGAGGAAGCAGAGAAGGAAGAGGAUGACAAUGUCCCAGAUGGGUCUGCAGAGUCUAGCAAAGCCACUACUGCCACUACCACCACCACCUCUAUCUCCCUGGCAUCAAACACCUGCAACCUAAUCUGGGAAGGGCUCCUCCCGCAUCGGUCAUUUGCGGGGUUUAAACCCAAAGUGUGUCCGACGGAUGGAGCGGCGAGAGAGGCAUUGGGGGAAAAGUUGAGAGGGUAUUGGGAUGUGGCCAGGGCAUGGAGGGUGGAGGAGGAUGUUUUGUAGGUGUCUUAUUGCCCCGACUUACACUACGGGGAUCGGCCCGUUUCCUCGGCGAGGAAAGGCUGAUUUUAUACGGAGGUCUGGUACAUAAACCGCUCGAUUUCAGAGUGGGAGAAAUUUCAAGCAUUCCUUCCAUAAAUAGAAGCAUUUUAUAGUGUUAAUAUUGACACAGGAUGCAGGUUACUGUAAUAUUUCAGCUCGUCUAUUGUAAGCUUACUUUAUAGAAACUCCAAAAGUGUGGAGCCUAAUCGCAUCGUCUUGUUCGAAA